CCGCCUUUUCUCCUCAGGAAGCCGGUGUAUUGUCACAGUUUGCUGCCGUACACCGGGUAGUGUCUUUGAAUUAGUUGUGCUGCCAUCAUGCCGUACGCUGUGCGCAGAGGUCGCCGUGUGGGAGUCUAUGAUAACUGGGAUGAAUGCAGAGAGCAAGUGGACCGCUAUCCAUCAGCAAGAUACAAAAAGUUUUCAUCAUACCAAGAAGCUCAGAACUUUGUAGAAGAGCGUGACUACCCUCCAAAAAGAGAGAGGUCAGCAGUGGUUUACACUGAUGGAUGCUGUUCCCGCAACGGUAGAUAUGGCGCAAGAGCUGGAGUUGGUGUUUACUGGGGUGCUGGCAGUUCACAAAACGUUUCUGAAAGAUUGUAUGGAAGACAGACAAAUCAGAGAGCUGAAAUACAGGCAGCCUGUAGGGCAGUAGAGCAGGCCCAGAGUCAGAAUAUUACCAGACUUAAUAUUCGUUCAGACAGUGAGUUCACUAUAAAAGGUGCGACUGAAUGGAUGCCUAGAUGGAAGCAAAAUGGCUGGACAACUUACAAUGGUGGGGAUGUCGUCAAUAAGGAGGACUUUCAGAAAUUGGACAAGCUCUGUAAAAAAGUUGAUGUCACAUGGACCCAUGUUCCAGGACAUGCUGGCCAUGUGGGAAAUGAAAUGGCUGACUGCCUGGCAAGGAAUGGAGCAAGACAGUAAAGUAUUACAACAUGUAUUGUAGUUGAGGGAUUUCAAGAGUUCUUAAA